UUGACGUUGACAAUGUAAAUCGUUGCUUUUUUUGUGGACAAGUGUGUUGCAGUUGGAAGAAACCUAAUAUAAGCUACAAGUAAACAUAAUUUUAAGUUGGGAAGGUGCUAGCAGUUCAGCGUUGUCUGGUUUUUACGUUAAGUGUAAUUCGUUAUUCGUUAUAUAACACUGUUAGCGUCUUGUUGCUUUCUGUAGCGAACACGACUGACGUGGAACUUUGGGUGAUAGAACACCAUGGAUUGUUCGUACAUGGAACCGAGCCUGUACACUGUGAAAGGCAUUGCAAUACUUGACAAUGAUGGAAAUAGGAUCCUUGCAAAAUACUAUGACAAAAAUAUAUUUCCAUCUGCGAAAGAGCAAAAAACUUUUGAAAAAAAUCUUUUCACCAAAACGCACAGGGCUAAUGCAGAAAUUAUAAUGUUGGAUGGUUUGACAUGUGUGUACAGGUCAAACGUUGAUCUUUUUUUCUAUGUAAUGGGCAGUUCCCAAGAGAAUGAGUUAAUUCUUGUGAGUGUACUGAAUUGCCUGUAUGACGCUGUCAGUCAGAUCCUUAGAAAAAAUGUGGAAAAACGAGUUGUCCUGGAAAACUUGGAUAUAGUAAUGCUGGCUCUGGAUGAAAUUUGUGAUGGAGGGAUUAUUAUGGAAGCAGAUCCAUCUGCCCUUGUUUCAAGAGUUGCUUUGAGAGUGGAUGACAUUCCUCUUGGUGAUCAGACUGUCUCUCAGGUCUUCCAGUCAGCGAAAGAACAGUUCAAAUGGCCCAUUCUAAAAUGAUGGAGGCUGACAUAGGCUGGCAGAGCCAGUAUGAAAAGUGAUUAGAGGAAAAUUGAAAGUGUACAGGCAGUGGGAUUGUGCAUUAAACGAUUGACAGUCUAUGAAAAGUAUAUGUUUGUAGAAGUGAGAUGGACUUGCUGCAGUGAACAAACAUUUGGUGUUUUGUGGAUGAAACAUGUAAUGUUGAAAGUGUUGGUGCCUUGUAAUUGGAGUGACUUGUUGCUCAUGUACACUUUUUUUCUGAACAGCCAUUCCCUUCCCUGAAAGGUCCUUAUUAAAUAGACAUUACCUCAAA